UCUAUAUUUUGACAAUUUCGGUCAUAUCAGUUUCUGUGAUACAUGACUGUUCAUAUGAAAAAGAUAUUUGUAAGAUUGAUUGGACUAUCAAAGUUCAUAAUUGUGAACUUGAUGGUUGCGGUGAACGGCCAAUUGUAGUUGUUUAUGAUACUAAUAAAAAGAUGCCUAAUUGCUCAGAAUUUCCUGGGCCAACUAUUUAUGUGAGACCAGGGCAGCGGAUUCAAGUUUUAGUAAGAAAUGAACUUAAUGAAGCGACUACAAUCCAUUGGCACGGACUUCAUAUGAUGAAUACGCCGUUUUCAGAUGGUGUUCCAGCUAUAACUCAAUGUCCAAUUCAACCUGGUAAAUCAUUUCUGUACGAUUUUUAUGCGAAUGAUGAAUCUGGCACUCAUUGGUACUUGUUAAUUAUUAAUGAGACUGAUAUUACUUAUAAAGACUAUGUGGAACACAUUGUACUUAUAUCAGAUUUGUAUCACGAAAACGAGAAAAUUAUGUUAGACAAUUACCAGUAUAAGACCAGCGAUUCACCUUGUACCAGAGUAGAUAAUUACCGAUAUGCGACCGGCAAUCCACCUUGUAAUGAAAUAAAAUACGAGCCCGUUCCGUACUCUAUUCUUAUUAAUGGUCAAGGCGUAGGAAAUUGUUUAAAAAAUUGUAAUCGUACUGAACAAUGUGAAGAUAAUUGUACUGGACCCUUAGUAGACGAUUGUUCUGAACAAUGUGAAAAAAUUUGUUAUACUUCAGCCGAAACUGAACUAGUGUACGACAUAUCUAAAGGAGAUAAACAUCGAUUUCGUUUAAUUAACACCGGUGUGGAAAUAGAAUACCAUUUCUCUAUUGAUAAUCAUACGUUACAAAUCAUUGAGGCUGAUGGGCAACACGUCGUGCACACCGAUAGAGCAAGACCAGUCCAUCAUUUACAAAUUCAUGUUGCACAGAGAUAUUCGGUGAUCGCCACCCGAUUACCACCAGCACAGAACAUAACCAAAUUUUGGAUGCGCAUAGAUAUAAGAGGUGAUUGCCUUAGGAGGAAUACACCUUGUUGUCAAAGGCGAAGAAUGGUUAAAAAUAUUCUAGCGACAAUUAAGUAUGAUUCUUCUGAAGGAAAACCGGAUACAAUUCCGGAUAGAUGGAUUAACACUAAGCUGGCCAGAUGUGGCGGUUUAAAUCUAUCUUAUUUGGCACCAAAAAAUCUGUCGUCAUAUUUACCACCAUCAAGAGUAGAUAAAACUUUUAAUUUGAGCAUUUUAAUGCUCGAAGAUCCUGAUUACAUUGGUUCAGGAGUUUACAAAAUAGCCACAGUCGGGGAGGUGUAUGAAGAGAAUAACCCCAAAAAGUAUAUUGCCUACGAUAAUUUCCAUAAUACAUUGGAAAGUGUACACGCUGGUGUAUCUUCUUGGCCAUCCACUCAGAAUAUUAUUACAUUGGAUAAGAGAGGCCAAAUGAUUGAACUUAUCUUAAAUAAUUAUGACAUUAUCAGCCAUCCUUUCCAUUUGCAUGGACAUUCUUUUUGGGUUAUUAGCGCCCUAGAUGGACGAUUUGCCAUAUCUUACCCAUAUCCGAUUUUGCGUGACACCACAACUAUUCCAGCAAACGGUUCUUUAGUAAUUCGAUUUUUGACGGGUAACCCUGGAGUUUGGGCUUUCCAUUGCCAUGUCGAGUGGCACCUUGAAGUUGGCAUGUUGGCCCAAUUUGUCGAACUUCCAGAAGAAAUUAAAUUGUUGGAAAAACCAACAAUGGCACCAUGGGCGUUAGAGGCUGAUCCAGAUAUAAAGUAUUGGCACAAUCUGUGUUCUGCCAAUUAA